CAGACGUACGCUCUGCGUGCACCGUGUCUGUGGAGCAACGAAGCAUCUCGCACCUCAGAUAAACACACUAAACAGGUGUGUGUUGGGCUAGCACAGCCAUUUCAGGAGGCCACAGAAGGCACGUCUCUCCCUUUCAACAAGUUUCAACAUGUCUGAAACAUACGACUUCCUGUUCAAGUUCCUGGUUAUUGGCAGUGCUGGAGCAGGGAAGUCCUGCCUUCUCCACCAGUUCAUCGAGAAUAAAUUUAAGCAAGACUCCAACCAUACCAUUGGAGUAGAGUUUGGUUCCAGGGUAGUGAAUGUUGGAGGGAAGACUGUAAAACUACAAAUAUGGGACACUGCAGGGCAAGAGCGCUUCCGGUCUGUGACACGUAGCUACUACAGAGGAGCAGCUGGUGCUCUGCUUGUCUAUGACAUUACCAGCCGUGAGACGUAUAAUGCUCUCACCAACUGGCUGACAGAUGCACGGACCCUGGCAAGCCCUAACAUCGUCAUUAUCUUAUGUGGCAACAAGAAAGACCUGGAUGCAGACAGAGAAGUGACCUUCCUUGAGGCUUCUCGCUUUGCUCAGGAAAAUGAGCUGAUGUUCUUGGAGACGAGUGCUUUGACUGGAGAAAAUGUGGAGGAGGGAUUUUUAAAAUGCGCCCGCACCAUUCUCAACAAGAUAGAUUCAGGUGAAUUAGACCCAGAAAGGAUGGGAUCCGGUAUUCAGUAUGGAGACGCUUCACUGAGGCAACUACGACAGCCGAGAAACACCGCCACCCACAAUAAACAACAGUGUAGUUGCUAGGGAAGGGAGGCAGACCUCAACUCAGCCCCAGGCCCACGCACACAGGACGCCCCCUACAGUGUCUCACAUUGCAGCUCGAGGUGAUUUAGGCCUGGGUUUGAGGGCCUUCUACUCCAACUGGGAUCAUAUGGACUGAUCAGUGCAGCCCGGACACCCUCCACUUAGAUGUUCCAGGGUGUCAUGGCUGUGUGGAGAGCGCCCCGACAUUUUAAAAUAUAUGCUUAUUUCUGCUUUGCACAUGUUUUCUAUUAAGUUAUUAACAGUUAAGCAAUUCAUUUGGAUUUCUUUAACUUUUUUUCACCUUUUUAAAAUCUGAGCUGUAAACUACCUGUGUCCUAAUAUGAUGUACACAUCUGCACGUUGAGAAAAAUUCUGAGUGAGUAAAACAUAAUAAUUUCUCAAGAUUGGUCUUAAUAGCUGCAAUAGUUUUUGACAUUUGUUGCUAGUACAUUUGUGCAGUUCAUACAAAGUUUCUAUGUGGAUUAACUAAAUGAAAAACUGCAACUGGAGAGACAUGCCAUUAAUCAAAAGGACAAUUCACUAACAACACUCGUUCCACACAUUAUUAAAACAAUCAUGGGAAAAAAAAAAGUGUUGAUAAAUGAUUAACCCAGCGAUCCUUGGAAAGUGUAUGAGUGAAUAUAAGCACAAAAAUGUAAUUGUUUUCCUGCUGCGAACUACCAAUGUUUUUGAAAAUGUUUGCACUUUUGUAACCAACUUUUACCCAGAGACCUCCUAAAUCUCAGUGCUAUAUGCAAACGUGGUAUACAUAACAGGAAACCAAAUUGGGUUAACCCCAGUGCCAUUUUGAGAAGUUUUCCUUCUGCCCCGCUUCUUUAUCAAGGCUUGGAUUGUUUUAUAACAGUGAGUCUUGUGAAACUUUUCAACCAAACACUGAGGGCUCGUGGCACUUGAGUCCAAUGCACUGCUAUUGUCUAAGCCACUGAAGGCAGGAUUUACUGACUUAAAAUCCAAAUGAGAUGCGAUUCCACACAAUAUUGCUGGUAUUCUGGCGCUCUUUGGCAAGUGCACUUUUAUUAUUUUUUAUUGUGUUAAUUUUUUACACUGUAAGUUUAGGAUUGUAAAUUGUUAUUUUACUUGAACUAUAAUAUUAAUAAAGAGUAUAAGUGUA